CCUGAAUAUAAGAGGGGGAACUACUUACUUGGUCUGUGUAUCAUAAAAGCGAUCCGUCAUUUUGGUAUCGUAAGCAUACCGCCUGAGGAAGCUAAUAGGUUUAUUGAAACUAUGAGAAACUAUCACUUGGAGUAUAAGGUUCUGAUCGAGGAUCUGGCUCCUUUGGUGCAUGCCCAACGAGCUGAAAAUCUUAGAAAGAAGCUGCUCAUCCAAUGGCCACACAUUGAUGUACUAUCAGCAUUUUAUACACAUUCAGAAAUUAAUGAUUAUCUGGAUAGUUUACUCGAAAGAUUUCCGAAACGAGUUCAGGUGAAGCAAUUUGGCUGGAGUUACGAGAGACGCCCCCUCAAAGUUUUGACUAUAACAAAUGGAGAUGGUAGGCGGAAUAAGCCGGUGAUCCUAAUUGAUGGCACUGUCCAUGCCCGGGAAUGGAUAUCACCAUCGAUGGCGCUUUAUAUCAUCCAGCAGCUGUUGGACAACUAUGGGGAUAACCAGGAGCUCUUACAGGACUACGACUGGGUGAUUAUGCCAGUGGUCAAUGCGGAUGGAUAUGAGUACACACACACGGAUUCUCGUUACUGGCGUAAAUCCCGUCGACCCACCAGCAAUCCGGAAUGCAUUGGCACGGAUAUCAAUCGGAAUUUUGGCUACGAAUGGGGUCACGAUGAGGGAUCUUCCUCGGAUCCGUGCGAAAAUAUUUACCGAGGAGAGCGACCAUUCGACCAAUCCGAGUCGCAGGUCCUGCGCGAUGUGAUGCUCCAUUAUAAAGGACGACUCAACUUUUAUCUCUCAUUACACUCCUAUGGAAACUAUUUUCUAUUACCAUGGGGUUAUACAAGCGACUUUCCGGAUACCUAUCAGGACAUGAUGUCCGUUGCGGAUGCGGGUGCCAAGGCGAUCAUUUACUCAACGAAUGGAAUAUAUAGCUACGGAAGUACAUAUUAUGUGCUAUAUCCAACAUCCGGCGAUACGACAGACUUUGCGUUUGGAGUGGUGAAUGCCACAGUUGCCAUGACCAUGGAGCUGCCGGCUGCAGGUUUCCAGGGAUUCGAUCCCUGGAUUUCCCAAAUCGAGCGAUUGGUCACGGAAAGUUGGGUGGGAGUGCGAGCCAUGGCCGCAGAGGUGAUAAGACGCUAUCCGUCGUAAUCGGGCUGUAAAUAAAUAGACAUUAGCGUCGAGUUGCGCCAGCUCUGAUUUGCGGGUCACUCGUGCGGGAGUUUUGGAGUGGUUUAUUAUUU